ACAGCUACGCUGGCUUCUCCUCCUCCUCACCCACUCCCUCCUCUCUCCUCUCUCCACUCCUCCCACAACCACAACAACAAAGAUCCUCAUCUCUUUACACCCACCCUGACUCCUGUACCUGACUCUGAGAGAUCCAGGAAGACAAAGUCUAGAAUUGGGCGAAGGUCUGCCACCACUCUCAGUCUCCCCUACCCACUCACCCACAAUGUGGUACGAGGACUCCUCAUGUACUGCGUCUCCCUAUCAAAUGAGAGAGACUGGCUCCAGCUCCCAAUGGUCUGCAAGGCUGUUUCCAUCCUGACUGAGUUGUCCUCCGCCCCCCUCCCUCUUCCCUCCCUCCUCACAUGCUCACAACUCACACUUCUCCUCUCCACCGCACUCUCUCCCCUCCCUUCCGCCAACCCCGCCCCUAGCAACGAUCCCAGCAACCAGCGUUGGGCGUGUCAGGCAAUAUCCUGGAUGGUGAUGUCACUGGUGCAUUUUGGUCACGUGGGCUCCCCUGUGGAGGGGGAGGGAGAGGAGGAGCAGGUGGAGAGGGUGGGAGAGAAAGCUCUGCCAGUGAAGGAGGAAGCUGUCAUGGUUGACAGAGAGCCUGAGAAAGAGAAGGGCUCGGCUGAUAAGCCUCCAAGCGUCUCCCUCCAAACUGACGAGUGGAGCUUUCCUCAGCCUCCCACUCUCGACCUGGACAUGUUUGGUCUCCUUGACGACUUCAACCCCAUGUUACAGCCUUUCUCCUCCUCGUUUCCCAUCCCUCCUGCCACCUUCCAGAUCCCCCCGCCCCUUCCCAUUCCUACCAGUGAGACCUUUGCCCCUGCUCCGUUCCUCCCACCUCACAUCUCCAUAGCAACAGCUCCGCCCAGCAUCGCAGAUUUGAAAUCCUUGUUUCUCUCAGCGUCUCCUCCUCCGCCCCCUUCGUUACAGCUCUUUCCAAAACCCAAUCACCACUACAAACUGAAGAAAAAACUAUCAAAACAUCAUCACAUCAAGAGUUCGAAAUAUGCUCCCGGGGACUAUACGGAGUACCCUGACCCCGCUCCUAUGUCGGCCUCCAAAUCACCGGCGGUGAACCCCUAUCGUUCGUUCCUCAUCUCCAGCUGCGUUGACCAGCGACUGAGGUGCUCUCUGGACUACCCCGCAGAGCUGUGUCUUCAGAACGUCGCCCGAGAACAGUACGAGGCAGUUCUGAGAUCUGUGGUCACUGCCCAGCCAUCGUCUGGAGUAACACCGAGGGAGGAGGAGGAGGAGGGGAAGGGUGAGCGAGGACUGGAAGAUGCCUGUGACUUGGUUUGUGAGUCACUCGAUUGUCUCCUCUCACUGGCGCGAGGUCCUAAACCGCAGGUCACGCUUGUUAGCCUCCUUAUCUUCUGGAGCGAACUGAACUCACUCUUGUUCAACAAGAAGGCAGCUACACCACUUCAACUGGGGUGUCAGAGGAGACAGAACCAGGUGUCUCUCUCCUCCCCCAAACUUCUUCGAGCUCUCGGUGAAUGUUUAAGCCACACCCCCUCCGGCCACACCCCUUCAAGGGAUGCUACCUGGCAGAUUGGUUUUUCGCUCCUCCAACAGCUGUGUUCAUCUCACGCAUACCUUCCUCUUAAACCCUCGCAACUCUCUCAACUUCUCCUGGCAUUCUUUACGUCCACUGACGAACUCCCCAAUGUGGGCGUGGCUAGGGGCGUGGUCUCAGAGUUCCUUAAGACUGUGUUUGAAUUGAAUCUGGACGUGGCAAGUGGAACUGGUGAAGAAGAUGUGGAGGAAUGGAAAGAGGGUAAGGAGAAUGGGGAAGCAGGAAGUAGGAGUGAUGGUAUCAAAGGUGUUCACGUCAUUCUUGAGGUUCUGGUCAAGAUUCUGAAGGAGAGGCCAGCUGUGUUGAGCAGUCCCAUGUUCCACACUCUGGUGAAGGUAUUUAACGAGGAGUCAGCUAUUGGGUCCCUCUUCCCUCCACACCCAGCUCCGUGCUGCCUGGCAGUCUCCUGUGUACGCCAUCUGCUACAGAUGAUACCGACAAUGAUUCGCUCCAGUCACCUCAAUGCAGUUUGCCACAACGUGCAGCUGUUUGCGGCUGAUAUUGACCCCACAAAGUACCGAUAUCGUAACUCCGGAGCCUCUAACCUGAAAUGGCAGAACCUUCCAUUGGACAAUACCGACCCUGCCCAGGGUUUAAAGGUCACCGCGGACCUGAUACAAUUCGUCCGUCGAACUCUCUUCUUGUCCAAAAGUCUUCCACCUGAAGUUCUGUCCCAUGUGAUGAAGGGAAUGGACGCGCCACUGUGUCUGUCGUUUCCUCUCACCUGUCUGGUUCACGGCAACUCCACACUCCUGGAGAACUUCUUCUCUCUCCUCGCUGACUCCGCCCUCUCGCACACCGUGCCACGCCCACCGGGGAAAACCCCUCUUGCUCCCAGAUCCCCUCUCUCGGAGCUGUCAACCCUCCUGCGCACUCUCUAUGACAAGUGUGAGGACCUCUCUGCCUUCCACCGUCCUCUACUGUCCGUCAUCGGCUCGACUGCCCCUCUCUCUCCUUCCUUCCUCUCCUUCUUCAAUGGGGUGCUGACUCAGCUGUCCAGUCCCAGCAGUAAAGGACAGUUGGAACUGUUCCUCAGAGACGGAGGUGCUCGUGGGGUCUUUGAACGUCUCGUCAAGUCCUGCCAAGAUUCAUCCUACUCCGCCUCCUCUUCUCUAAGCCACACCCUUCUUCAGCAGGUGGGGCAGCAGCAGUCCCCCAGAGGUGACUCCACCCACCUCGUUAACUACCUCCCGCUCGCGAGCCUCGCCCUCACUCCUGGCACCGCCCCCCUCAGUGAUCUCCAGUCAGGACAGAUGAGUGAUGCCCCAUCUCGUUCGUCUGCCUUCCACCACAAAUUCCAGUCAGGAGACCACGACCAGGAGGUGGUGAUAUCCGCGACCCUCUCCCACCCCAUCCUCCUUCGUUGCCUCCAACUCUUUCAACCUCUCGGGCUGCUUCAGAACGGUCCCUCCUCCGUCCUUGUCGAGGUCUCCGCCCAGCCAAAGCUGGCCCCGCCCACACCCACCACUCCCUCAAUCCCCACAAGUGGUCUCGGGUGUGUGAAGAUUGAAUUCCAGACACCUGUUUUAGCCCGAGAGGUCAGAGUUCACCUGCGUCGUCCGGCUGUGUCGGACAGCAUAUCUCUCUCCCACAUGUUUCUGCUGGGAGUCGGCUACGGGGCCAGCCCCCCGGGGGGCACGGCGGGGGGGAAACUGUCGGAAGAAGAGGCGUCUCAUCCGUGCAGCUACUGGCUCGACAUAGUCAGCAGGUGGCAGUCCAACCCUGUGGCUUUGGAGGAGGCUGCAAGUGUACCCCAAUUAGUGCCCACCUACCUCUCUCUCAUCUCUACACAGCAAAACACCCUCUCGAUGAAGGGGAAAGACCAGGUGAUGCAGCUGCUUGUCUCUCUCACUCAACACUCCCCAGAGGUCAGUCAGUCCAUCGUUCAACACGUGAUGGGUCUCUCGAGGAAAGCCACACCCACUGCCACGCCCCAUGCGGUGGAGUUGCUCCAUCGUCUGUGCGUUCCGGACACUGAAGAGAGCUUGCAGAGGUGUCUUGUGUGUCUGAGGCAGCUCUCUGCAGUGCCAGAGACACAUUCUCCCAAUCUCCCAGUCUUGGUACGGGCUCUGGCCAGCUCGGUAUGGCAUGGAGACGGCAAACUUGUAUCAACACACCUCCCCGAAGAUAUGUUCAGCUCCCUGGCAGAGACGACUAUUUCUCUCCCACUGGAUUCUCCACCCAGACAAUCUCUCAACCUUCUCCUCCUCUCUCUCUGUAGCCACACCCCUCACAUCUUCUCCCUCCUCCUGGAACGCUGCCAGACAACCCUGGCCUCUUCCUCUGUCCCUCUCCUCCCUCCCCACCUCCCCCCUCUCCUCUCUACCCUCUCUCACGUGGCACACUCUCUACCAUGUUCCUCUGCCCUCCUCUCCUCUCCCUUCCUCCCCUCCAUCCUCACUGAGCUCUGUAAAACCUUCACCGAGCUAGCCUUGCAAACCACUGGAGACAGUGACAUGUCUCUGACCUGGUCUACUAGCUUACCAAGAGCCUGUGCUCUUCUGGCAUUCCUGACUGACUUUGCUCGAGACUGGGCCCCCGCUAAGGAGUGGCUGGGCGGGGAGGGGCGGAGCAAUCUCUGGCCACACCUACUCAAGUUCCUGUGUCUGGCCGAGGACCACCCUCGCUGCCCCCUCUCUCCGCUGGAGAUCGCCUUCACUCAGGAUGUGGGGUUGGAAUUCUUCCUCUGUGUUGUGCAGCACAGCUCAAACAACAAACAAGUAUUCAGCAAGCUACUGGCCAACGCCCUCACUGGCUCUUUCACUCUCCACCCAACUCUCCCGUCUAAACUUACCCCAUACCUCUCUAGUUUCACCCACAGACUCCUGGUAGAGCUCGUCCUGGCCGAGGAACCCUGCAUUAUUCUCCUGAAACAACUCCCCCACCAGUCCAUCUCCCCUUCCUCCCUCCCUCUUGCCCACACCAGUCCCCUCUUCCACCCUUGCAUCCCCGUCACCCGAGACAGCUUCCUGUUCUCUCUUCCCCGCUCCCUCCCCCUCUCCCAUCUCUCCUCCCUCUGCACUCCUUCCUCGACCAGCAGGUCAAAGGUCUCCACAACAAACAGCUCACAAACGACGUCGACGAAAUUCCCAAAUGUAGCCCAGCAAACUCCAUCCCAGGUUCUCACUCUACCGCUAGGCCACAAGAAGUCUUCAAUUCCGUGGCACAAGUCAACACCUCAGGAGGCAAAGAAGGCCUUCGCUCCCAUGCCCAAUGUCUUCUUCUCUCUAAGUUCCUCUGGUCGCCCUUUCUUCUCCCCACAGGCCACACUCUCCGAGGUCCUCUCCUUGACGUCCCCCGAACCCAUUCCCUCCCUCUCGCUCUUUGUCCACGUGUCCCACGACCCUGUAAUAAGAGAGUCGUUUGUUCCUCGGCUUGCUCCGGCCACACUCCCUCCCAGCAUGUUGGAGACGUUUGCCUCCACCGGUGGUCUCUCUCUUCUCUCUCACUGUCUCCCCUCCCUCCACCCCUCCUUCUGGCCCUCACAAUCAGAGACAUGUGACUCUCCCUCCCUCGUGGCUCCGCGACCUUUCUCCCUCUCGUCACCUCCCGACACACCCUCCCCUCACUCCCUCGUCACCCUCGGACUCUGCCUCAGACUGCGUUGCUACGGCGAUUUCCUCCUACAACAACGACCAAUGGCCCGAUCUCUGCUCCUAAUGCUGCUGGGUGCAGAGUACAAAGAGACCGUGACUCCAGCAAUGUCGGAACAGCUCCCGUUUGUUCCUUACCGCGUCCUUCUCCAACUCAUGACGGAACACCCGGUGCCUAACGAGGUAGGCGUGGCCUGUCGUGAGGGUGUGAUGAGGGGCGGAGUCAUUCACCAGCUCCUCUCUUCCCUCUCCGCCCUUGGACACCGCCCGCGAGCCACACCCCUCUCCAGUUCUAAUCAAGACUUGGCCAGCUCUAGUAGUGAUGCCGUCCCAAGACCAGACCGUGGUGGAAUGGGAUCCAGACACAGACUAUACUGGGCCAAGGGAACCGGGUUUGGAACGGGGUCCACCACUUCGGAAUGGAACAUGGACGCGAUGAGAGCCAAGCAAAAGUCAGAGGAGAAACACGUCUGUCUCGUGUUUGCCAUUCUCUGGGAGUGCCUCGCUCAACCUGAGGGGUGUGGUCAGGGGGCGGAGUCUUGGUGUGAUUCGGCCCUGGCAGACCUGCUGGCCUCGUCUUGUCUCCUUCCUGCUCUGGCGACCUACCUCGUCAAUGAUUCCAUUCUGGACAUAGCGAAACACACGGAACUUUACCUGUCUGCGUUGGGUCUUCUCUACUCCUUCACUCUUCACCCCUCUCUCCUCUCCCUCCUCACCCUCCCCAUCUUCCCCGCCAGCGGGGACCCUCCCUCGAUGACAUCAUCAUCCGACGGAAGAGGUGGUCUCUCUCUCGUGGGUCUCUCCAGGAGACUCAAAUCAACAGUCAUGUCCUACUCCAAGGCUGCCAGGUUAAAGACAGCUGCAGGUGUAUCGAACAAAGCCACACCCACCAGGGACGAGCAGUUGCCACUUCCACCUCCGCGACCUCCGCAGAGAGUGAGGCAGAGGACAGGCCUCCAGACCAAAGAUGAGGGAGUAUCGCCAGAAGCAGAUGUGGCAGAACUAACAUCUGCCAUGUUAGCCACUGCCGAGAGAGUCUUGUCCACUGCCACUGAGCUACGGGGAGGAGACGGAGGGGAGGAGGGAGAGAGACGAGAGACUUGGGAGACAAACUCCACUGAUGAGUACAUGCAGACCAUGAGUCCACUGCAGUUCGACACAUUCCAGAUCGUGGAGGAAGAUGAGAACGGAAAGCUGAGUGUCUUGGUUCCAUUCCACUACGAGAACCGACUCAAGCCGAGUCAGUCUUCGACCUAUGGACCAGCAUGGGCACGGAGACUGGCUCAGGAGGUGUCGUCUCUAGCUACGUCUCUCCCUCUCUCGUCCUCCUCCUCCGUCUUUGUCAGGUGCGACGAGAACAGACUCGACGUCAUGAAGGUGCUGAUAACUGGACCAUCUGACACACCCUAUGCCAACGGAUGUUUUGAGUUUGAUGUUUUGUUCCCUGAGGAAUACCCUCAAGGACCCAUGUUGGUUAACCUCUUGACCACCGGCCAGGGAACCGUGCGCUUUAACCCCAACCUAUACAACGACGGCAAGGUGUGUCUGAGUGUCCUGAAUACGUGGCACGGAAGACCAGAGGAGAAAUGGAACUCUGAGACGUCCAGUUUCCUCCAGGUCCUGGUGUCGAUCCAGAGCCUUGUCCUGGUUUCAGACCCGUAUUUCAACGAGCCGGGCUACGAGCAGUACCGGGGUACUCCGUACGGGGAUCAGAAGAGCCUGACCUACAACGUCAACCUCUAUGUCGCCACCAUCCAGUGGGCCAUGAUACACCAGCUGCAGAACCCCUCUCCCUGCUUCAGAGAGGUGAUACUGAAGCAUUUCCACCUCCGCCGAGGAGAGGUGUUGAGACAGUGCCAGGCGUGGGUGCGGAGUCUCGCAGAGGGCAUCAAGAAGAUGCAGGGGAGGGGCAUGGCCACUGCACCCCUCACUCCGCUCCUCCACAAACUGGUCAAGACCAUUGAGACUCUCAGAACAGAGAUUGUGAAGAUUGAGAGGAAAUUGGGAGGCUCCAGUCCGGGGGCUGGGGGCGGAGCCACGACAUCAUUGGAUAAAACAGAUGCAGUGGUGUCAGAGGAGAAUAAAGUUCAGAGCACUUCUGACCUGCUGCGCGAUGCGAGUCCUGGGUCAGAUGCCGCGUGUCCCACAUUAGAGGAGGAGAGUCCCGGUUUAGAAACUGCUCAUCCCGAAUCAGAACCUACUGCUCCAGAUACUAACACGUCUGACGCCACGUCAGAUAUUCAAGAUGCUAAGUGUGAAUCGGAGGUGCCAGCAGCCAAGUUGGAAAGUGAAGCUAGUGGUAACACUGUUUGUGACACAGACGAAUCACUCCAACAAGACACCAGGACUUCACAGCAGCAAGAGAGCGAACCCAACGUGCAGGAUUCUGGUCCUAAUCAUGAGGGGCUCGACCAACCUUCAGACAAUAAUGGGGCUGCUGUUGCUAAUGGCAACCUGCCUGUAGAUCACGUGACCAAUCAGCAAUAGUUAUAUAUUUAAAAUUUUACAAGAGAGAGAGAGAGUGAUGAAUCAUGAAAAUCAUAAUAAUAUUGCACAUGUUGUUCAUAAUAAUUGUUUGCAGCCCGUUAUGAUCUUGGUGCUCCAUAGUCGUCUGGCAUUUGCUCCACGGUGUAGCGAUGCUGACUGACGUACAUGAUAGGGACACCCGGAACCUUCCGCAGUCUUCUCUUCAGGUCUCUGUCACAAGUGGCCACCAGGUAACACUUGUG